UUGUGUUUCAGGAGUCACUACUUGAGAGGACGCCACAGGAAUCACCUCACCACAGUCAACAUGCUUCAAGUCCUAGUCACUUUGUCCGUCGCCGCAGUGGUAGGGGCCCAGAUCUGUUGUGUGCCCAAACAAUGGGAGGGCGUACAGGGGAACGUUCUGGCCGCCAUCCAACCCAACGACGUGGAACCCAUGAUUUUGUCUUCAUCCUAUAUGAUAUCAUAUGACGCCAUAAACAAGCGUGUCGCCACCAUAGAGUCACUCAGCUCGGGCAACUUCAGCGGCACCGCAGGAGUCAUCCUCGACUAUAGCGCAGGCAUUCAGUACACCAUUCAGGGACCAAAAUGUACCAGGACUACUCUUGGAAGCUUUUUAGAAAGCUGCAUUCCAUCCAAUGCUCACAAUGAUGGCGAUACUUACUACGGCGCCAUUACUCCACUCAACGUUACUGCGUACAGCUACGUCAGGCACGGCUUUAAUGUGUUGGCAACCGUUACACAAGACACGUGCGCACCAGUACAAGAAGUGAUUUAUGGAGAUUACGCUGGAAACCGGUACAUGCAGUCCGUCGGUUACAGUAAUAUCACCCCUGGGAUCAAGGACUCCUCAGUGUUCAUGCCCCCGGCUUUCUGUGAUAAUGUUCCACUUAUCCACUCCAACCUGCCUGUUUUCCCAAUGGCUUGAGCAGUCCCACACCACCUACGUGGUCAGUCCAUAUCAUUGUUAACGCCUCAUAGUGAAUAAAAUCAUUGUACAUUUUU